AUGUCUCUAAACUACAUCAAGAACUUCUACGAAGGAUGUGUGAAACCGCCAACUGUGAUCGGCCAGUUCCACACCCUCUUCUUCGGUUCUGUGAGGAUGUUCUUUCUUGGAGUGCUGGGCUUUGCGGUUUAUGGGAACGAGGCUUUGCAUUUCAGCUGUGACCCAGACAAAAGAGAGAUAAAUCUGUUCUGUUACAAUCAGUUCAGGCCAAUAACUCCCCAAGUGUUCUGGGCAUUACAACUCGUGGUGGUCCUGCUUCCUGGAGCGAUUUUCCACCUUUAUGCUGCAUGUAAAAGCAUCAACCAAGAAUGCAUUCUUCAAAAACCCAUGUAUACUGUGAUUUACAUCCUCUCUGUCUUGUUAAGAAUCAGCUUGGAGGUGGCAGCGUUUUGGCUUCAGAUUCAUCUCUUUGGCUUCCAGGUGAAACCUCUAUACUUGUGUGAUGCUGAAUCCCUUGGUAAAAAAAUGAAUGUUCUAAAAUGCAUGGUUCCAGAACAUUUUGAAAAGACUAUUUUUCUCAUUGCAAUGUAUACCUUUACUGUAAUCACCAUGGUAUUAUGUGUUGCUGAGAUUUUUGAGAUAAUAUUUAGAAGGUCAUGUUUCCUCUUUAAACAAUGA